CAUACGAUUUUGCGUAACAUGUAAGAGUCUGGACAGAGCUGAGUUUUCCUGUGAGAAACGAAGAGCUGGAUUCAUGACUGAAAAUUGUAUUUUUAAAGUCAUUUGAAAAGAGAAACAGGAUAUUAUAGUUGGAUCCUAGGGAACAUGAACAUCUCUUUCUCUGGGUGUGGAUUUUUAGGCAUAUAUCAUGUAGGAGUUGCUAGCUGUUUUAGAGUACAUGCACCGCAUUUGAUAUCUGACCCUGAUUUCAAAGUGCUAGGCGCCAGCGCUGGGGCGUUAGCAGCAGUGUGCCUUGUAACAAAUUGUCCAUUAGGAGAAGUCACCAGCUACUGGUUACGGAUUACAUCAAAAGCUCGUGCCAGGGCACUGGGACCCUUACAUCCUAGUUUUCACUUAGUCCGACUUCUGAAGGAUGGCCUCAAUACCAUCCUCCCAGCUAAUGCAUAUGAAAUCUGCACCAAUAAAGUAUACAUAUCUAUGACAAGGGUUUCUGAUAGAGCCAAUGUAACAGUGUCACAAUUUGAAUCAAAUGAAGAAUUGAUAGAGGCAUUGCUUUGUAGUGCACACAUUCCAUUCUACUCUGGGUUGCUGCCUCCAUCUUUCAAAGGAGUGAGGUAUGUGGAUGGUGUUCUCACUGAUAACUUACCCGUAUUUGAUGAAAACACAGUGACAGUGUCUCCAUUUUGUGGUGAAACAGAUAUCUGUCCAGAUGACAACUCUGCCAAUUUCCUCCAUAUAAACCUGGCCAACACCAGCUUGCAGUGCUCAUCUAACAAUUUGUACAGGAUUUCACGCUCCCUCUUCCCACCCCACCCAGAGGUCUUAAGUGAAAUGUGCAGGCAAGGUUUUGAUGAUGCUCUGAAGUAUUUGCAAAGAAAUGCAUUGAUCAGCUGUGUGCGUCACUUCAGUAUAAAGUCAAGUAUAUCUCAGUGUCCAGCAGGGAGUGAGAGUACAUCCACCAGUGACUAUGACAGUGAAAGUGAUCAUGAUGACCAUGACCCAGACACAUGUCAUGAAUGCAAGAAGAAGGUCCAGGUGGCUCUAUUAGACAGCCUCCCCCCUCCCGUUGUUGGAGCCUUACAAGCAGCCUGUGAUUCUGUGAACAGUAACUUAUAUACAAGGUUAACCAAUAGAAAGUGCUUCCGCCUUCUGUCUCUCGUGACUUCUCCACUUCUGUUGCCAGUAGACGUAGUAUAUAAUUAUACAUUCAGGAUUUUAGAAUGGAUGCCUUACAUCCCAUCAGAUAUGAGAUGGGCUGUAAAAGAAAUUAUGUGGAUCAUCCAUUGGAUAAAAAGAAAAGUUGAACAUCACCACCAACAGUACAUGGCUAGAUACACCUGCCAGGUGGCUAUAAAUGAUGCAUAUGCUAGUGAGGAGCCUGGCUUUAUACCUGACAUACAGGGUGAUUUGGCAACAUACACCACAUCAACGUACUUUGAAAAGUGGCAGAAAGGUGGUGAAAGUGGGAUUGAUUCUCCUAAAGAUAUCAUACCAUUAGCCAAAUAUGAUCCUCUUUCUAAGACGAUCAGUCGAGUCAGUCAAAUGCGCCACAUGCUAGAAGAGGAUUGUCACAAUCCCAUAGAAGUCCAUGCUAGAAACCCACACAGGGAUUUUCAUGGAGAAAUUUCCACAGGGCCACCAAUAGGUGGCAACACCAUAGAUGAAAUGUGUGAACAGCUGGUGGAUACCUUUGAACACUGUCUUCAUGAAGCCAACCAGCAGGAGGCAGUGUUGGCUUAUUAUUACUUAGAUGAAAACGAGAAGCUGAAGGUUACUGAAAUAUUCAGCAUGCCAGCUGAUUCUUCUGACACAGGCAUUACAGAAGGACAGGAAUCCAAAGAUGUUGCAAGAGCUAUGUCACUCCCAAGUAGCCCAUAAAAUUGAACAGUGCUGUUAAAUGUAUGAUUUAUAAUUUGGUAUUUUACACAGUUCUCAAAAUUGUCUGGAACUUGCAGGACCAAGGCCAGCAAUUUUUUUUUUGCAGGCCAAAAUUUUUUCUAACUACACCAACAUCUGUUAAUAAUAAUAUCUGUAUCUAUUUAUUUAAUUAUUCGACAAUAUGUUCUUUUGAAUUUGCCAGGUAGAAUGUUUUCAAUCUCAGGGCUCUGGCAUGUAUGACAUACUGCUGGUAUAUGGUGCCAACUUUAUUUAAUCUCACGUUUUAUUGGCUUGAGUGUUUUAUAAUUACAUUUAAUUUAAUUUAUUAUUCAUAGAUUAUUGUAAAUAAUGGUUAGUGAUCAAAGGCAGAUUGGAGGGGGUUGGGUGAGGGAGUGUUUGCAUGCAGACAUAAGAGAUUGGCAGGUAUGAACUCUCAUCUGCCCUCACUCCAGUAAAAUCUUGGAAUUUGCUGUCAAAGUUACAUUUAGAUCUAGCAGUUAUUUAUUGUGAUGUAAUAUGUUAAUACUUAUCUAAUCUAAACAAAGCUUUGUCUUUUAGCUUUAUCUCUAAUCCUUAUUUUCACGUUUUAACAAAGGAUGAU